AGCUACUCCACCCCAGCUGGGCUCUAGUGUGACAUCCCUGCCUGUCUGAGAAAGGAAUGAUGAGCAGGGUCUGUAACUGCAGACAAGUGACAACCAGAAGCCACAAGCUUCUGUAAGUACCACGUCUGCACAAGACCCAAGCCUGAGCAAUGGCAUUGUCGCUGGAGGAAUUUGUCCACUCCCUUGAUCUCAGGACCCUCCCAAGGGUCCUAGAAAUCCAGUCAGGCAUCUAUUUCGAAGGUUCUAUUUAUGAAAUGUUUGGAAAUGAAUGCUGUUUGUCAACAGGAGAAGUGAUUAAAAUUACUGGUCUCAAAAUUAAGAAGAUCAUAGCUGAAAUUUGUGAGCACACUGAAGGUUGUGAGUCUCCACAACCCUUUGAACUACCUAUGAAUUUUCCAGGUCUUUUUAAGAUUGUGGCUGAUAAAACUCCAUAUCUUACUAUGGAAGAAAUUACAAGGACCAUCCAUAUUGGACCAAGUAGACUAGGGCAUCCUUGCUUCUAUCAUCAGAAGGAUAUAAAACUAGAGAAUCUCGUUGUAAAGCAGGGUGAGAAAAUCAUGCUCAACUCAGUAGAAGAGCUCAAUGGAGAAAUAACGGUGAACUGUGGAGUGGUAAGGAAUCAUCAAAAUCACUCAUUUACUUUGCCUUUGUCACAAGAAGGAGAAUUCUAUGAGUGUGAAGAUGAACAUAUAUAUACCCUAAAGGAGAUUGUCGAAUGGAAGAUCCCCAAAAACAGAACACGAACUGUAAAACUUACAGAUUUUUCAAACAAGUGGGACUUAACGAAUCCAUUCCCUAAAGGCUUCUAUGGUGCCCUGAUUCUCAAGCCUGUUUAUGAAAUUCAAGGUGUGAUGAAAUUCCGGAAGGAUAUAGUCCGCAUCCUCCCCAGUUUAGAUGUUGAAGUCAAAGACAUUACUGAUAGUUAUGAUGCCAACUGGUUUCUUCAGCUGUUAUCUACACAAGAUCUUUCUGAAAUGACCAGUAAAGAGUUCCCCAUAGUGGCUGAAGUCAUAGAAGUGCCUCAAGGAAACCAGCUACCCAGAAGCAUUUUACAGCCUGGGAAAACCAUUGUGAUUCACAAAAAGUACCAGGCAUCGAGGAUCUUAGCUUCAGAAAUUAGAAGCAAUUUUCCUAAAAGACACUUCUUAAUCCCCACGAGCUAUAAAGGCAAAUUCAAGCGGCGACCUCGGGAGUUUCCAACAGCUUAUGACCUAGAGAUAGCGAAGAGUGAAAAGGAACCCCUCCACGUUGUGGCCACCAAAGCCUUUCAUCCCACUCAUGAUGAGUUGUCAUCCGUGUCUGUUGGGGACCAGUUUCUAGUGCAUCACUCACAGACAACUGAAGUCCUCUCUGAGGGAAUCAAAAAAGCGGUUAAUGUUCUGGCCUGUGAAAAAAUCCUCAAAAAAUCCUCUGAGGCAGCACUGCUCCCUUUGUACAUGGAAGGAGGCUUUGUCGAGGUGAUUCAUGAUAAGAAACAGUACCAUAUUUCUGAGCUUCGUGCACAGUUCCACUUGCCAUUCAAUGUGAAGGUAUCUGUGAGAGAUCUUUCCAUUGAAGAAGACAUUUUGGCUGCUACACCAGGACUGCAAUUGGAAGAAGCUAUCACAGAUACUUAUCUCCUCAUAAGUGACUUUGUCAACCCCAGGGAGUGCUGGGAAAUUCCUGUUGGCCGCUUGAAUAUGACUGUUCAGUUAGUUAGUAAUUUUUCUCAGGAUAGAGAAUCAUUUCCCGUCAGGACUUUGAUCGAAGAGAUCACUGAAGAACAAUAUUACAUGAUGCGGAGAUAUGAAAGUUCAUUGUUGCACCCCCCACCUCGCCCUCCCAAACAUCCCUCAGUGGGGGAAACAAAGUUAACUCUACUAAACUUAGCAGAAAAAAAGACAGUGGCUCUGCCUAAGUCUCCCAAGAGUCUCCAUGUAGACCUAUCCAAGAAACUGCAGUCAAAUCAAGCUGGCUUGGAUUUGAAAGCACCAGUUGGUUGUCAAAAUGAUUUGGCUGAUCUGGAGAAAGAGAGAAGCAAGAGUGGGACAACUGCAGUAGCAGGCACUGAUGUCACCACAGAAAUCUUCAAAAACAUAAAACAUCAAAAAUAACCAGAUGUGACUGAAGCCACUUGGGUAGUGAACAUAAAUGUUGCAAUGGAAAAAUAAGCCUAGACUUCUAGCUGAAAAACAACUAUUUCCCAACAGCGUUCAGAAGAAAUCUACAAAGGAAAAAAACAACCUUAAAAGUUUUAACAGAUAAAACUUAAAGAGAAAUCUAUGAUACAAAAUUCAUAAUCUAUUCUGUUGUGCCAAAAUCUUAAUGUAUUGUUUCAUUGAUACCUAGGACAUAUAUAUUUAAUGUUCACAUUUUUUGUGGUUCUUAUUUCCACUACCAACUAUUAAGCAACUGAGAAAUAAUUUUGUAUUUCAGUUUUUGAGUAAAACCAGUACAAAAUAGAAUGACAGCUCACCAAAUAUUUUCUAUUUUUCAGAAUUUGUUUUGCCAUUUUUCUGGUGUUAUCAUUUCUGUUAAAAGUAAUAAAAACUUAUAUCUGAGAGUGACUUAAAAUACUUGAGUUUCUUAUCUGACUCCUUUGGAGCUGUGGAAAUGAGUUUUGCUUCACAUUUUCAGUUUGUUUAAGAAAUACACUGCAAAUAAGUGCUUUGAGUCUUAACAGCUAAAAACCACUGUGAGUUACAGGAAUUUUACCAUAACUUACUCCCCUGUUCCCUAACAACCAGAGUUCAUAACUGCAAUAUCACCAAAG